AUGAAUUUUCUGUCUGCUGUUGAACCCCGAACUGCUCAGGCUGCUUCUUCAGGAACUAAUCUUCUCCCCCAAUUCAGGACUCCAGCCUGGCAGACAGGUAUGCAUUCCUCAGCAGCAACUGAGCUGUUUGUUACUGGAUCUUUGCCGACUACUGGAACACUUCCACCAUCCGCCCUUUCCACUUAUCAGCAUCCUACCACCUUCAGCAAUAGGAACUUUGCUACCACCUCACCUUUGGUGCUUCAGGACUCAACUUUUAACACUACAGCAAAUGGAAUUUUAAAUCCUCAUGAUCCAUUGCUCCAAAUCAAGACUUCCCAGGGAACUGUUCCAACUGCAUUGGCAUUUGAGCGCCUGGGCAGUUCUGCAUUAAGCAACAGCAUACCACCUCAGUCUUCAACAUAUCGUUCAGCUCAAGAGUCUGCACCCCAUCUUUUACAACCUCAGUUUAGUUUGUUGCCUUCUGCACUUGGAGGAGCCCAGCAAACUCCUCAAGCCUACAGUUCAACUCUCUUUCCUAGUUCCACUGCUUCCAUUGAAAGAGCGCUUCUUCGAGAAUGUAGUGUUAUUAAACACCAUCAGCGGCCUUCUGGUACCCAAUCUAAUCAGGCACAACUGACUGGUUCACAGCAGCAUUCCUUACAGAAUUAUUUAGCAAAUGCAAGUAUAGUUAAUUUUCAGGAAACAACCAGGCAGUCAUCUUUAUCCUGUAGCUCAAUUGGAGAUUCUACUCAGAACUUGCCAGCAACUGGCCCAACCCAGAAUUACAUUUCUCUGCAUUCUUCUCAGAAUACUCAGACACAAGAGUCAUCAUCUCCCCAGUCGCAAAAGUAUUUGCCUGUUGUCCAGUCAACAUCUUUUGCAUCGUCUACUCAUUGUCAGACAUUACAGAAUAGCUUACCUUCCCCUGAUCCAGAGUCUUUUUCUGAAAGGAAACUUGACUCAAGUGUUUAUACAUCUUCAAAGCAAGAGGAAGAAUUUCCAAUGCAACAGUUACAGGUGUUACAGCCACAAACAUCUCUUGAGUCAUCAACUCAAAGGAUAUCUGAUGGAGAAAUUAAUUCUCAAGACUCCAUUUAUAAGGUAUCAAAGGCAGACGACAGGUACUCUCAGAGUGUAAUCAGAAGUAAUUCUCGUCUUGAAGAUCAAGUUGGGAUUUCUCUACAAGGAUCGAAAAAAGAUGAGAGUGUGGUUGGAUCAGUGUCACAACUUGGCCAACAAAUUGGUCAGGUCAGUAACACACCACCUCUUGAUAUUAAGAAGGCACCUAAUUUAAUGCAGACUCCACAAAUAAGAUUGAAUGCUAAAGACCUAAAUGAACAACAUUCUCUUAUGCAUAAGGUACAUGAAGCCAAAACCCAGGAACAGCAAGAUCAGAUAAUUAAUUCUUCAUCUCAGAUUCAAAUUCCAACUCAUACUGGGCCUGGACAUCAGGUUUCUGUUCCUAAUACCCAGGUCCUUUUAGAUUCUGCUUGUGAUUUACAAAUUCUUCAGCAGUCAUUACUGCAAGCAGGUUUAACACAAGUAAAGUCAUCUUUACAAGGACAGCGUGUUCAAAGUCCUCAACAAAUAGUACAUCCUUUCCUUCAAAUGGAUGGGCAUAUUAUUCAGAGCAAUGGCGAUCCUCCCCAGACACAACUCCAUCCCCCAAACUCUGAAAUUAUGAAAAUGGACCUCUCUGAGUCUUCAAAACCAUCACAGCAGCACCUAACAACAAAGGACCAUUUUAACGAAACAAAUCAACAUGAUUCAAAGAGUCAGUUUGUUUCUCUUGGAUCAAUAUGUUUCCCAGAGGCAAUGCUUCUCAGUGAUGAAAGAAAUAUGUUAUCAAAUGUAGAUGAUAUCUUAGCAGCUACAGCAGCUGCGUGUGGCGUUACACCUGAGUUUCCUAAGUCAACAUCAAAUGAAACCAUUCAAAGUGUUGAAGGUGGUGAUUCUAAAUCUCAUUUUCAGCAGGCAUUAGAUGUUAGACAUGUGACUUCAGAUUUUAACUCCAUAACAGCCACAGCGAGAAAGCCACAAAAUAUAAGUGAAAUUUCUUUAAAUGGAGGUCAGAUUACCAUAAACCUUUCACCAGUACCUACCCUUCAGUCAAAAAUUACUCUUGAUCAAAAGCACAUUGAAGCACCUGAUCAAAAUAUAACCUCAAAAGUAAUUUCAUCUGUGGUUGGACCAAGUCAUGAAGACCAUGAUCAAAGUUCUGGCUCCAUCAAAAACCAGUCUGCUACCAAUCGUAAAUCUGAAGAAAACAGUGAAGUUCCCAUUGAUAAUAUAUUAAAUACGGACAGAAAUCAAGAACUUGCCUCUAAUAGGAGAAGUAUAAAUGGAGAAAGUGCUACCACAGAGGGUGAAUUUACCUUAGGACCUGAUGACGGUGGUGUGUCAGUGAACCCAGCUAGGAGGGCCCUUGCACUCAUGGCCAUAGCACAACCUGGGGAUGCAGUCAAUGUUAAGAUUGAAGAUGAAAACCAAGAUUUACUGCAUCUUAACCUUCAAAAGAAAAAAAAUAAAGGGAGGGGGCAAGGUAAAGAAGACGACAACAAUAAUCAGAAACAGGUGAAAAGACCUACCCAAGGCAAACGUCACAAUCCAAGGGGAACAGAUAUGUACGCACCAUACACUCCUCCUUCCUCAGAAAGCAGCCAUGAUGGUUAUCAGCAUCAAGAAAAAAUGAGACAAAAGAUCAAAGAAGUAGAGGAAAAACAACCAGAGGUCAAAACAGGAUUUAUUGCCUCUUUCUUAGAUUUUCUGAAAUCUGGGCCCAAGCAGCAAUUCUCUACUCUUACUGUACGAGUGCCAAAUAGGACUAGAAGGCAGGGGUCCCAGAUUGUUCGAACAUUUUGUCCCCCACCACUUCCAAAGACUUUGUCUGCAACACCUGUGUCUUUAGUGUCUGAAACUGGGGGUGCUAGUCCAUCGGGAAAAGUUGAUAAUGAACUUAAAAGCUUAGAACAUUUAUCUUCAUUUUCAUCUGAUGAAGAUGAUCCUGGAGUAUGCAGUCAUGAUAUUUAUAAAAGCAUCUCUUCUACCUUAACUGCUUUGGAUGCUACUUCUGAUAAAAAGAAGAAAACAGAAGCCCUCCAGGUGGCAACUACUAGCCCAACUGCCAGUAUUACUGGUACGGUUACUACUUCUUCCACCACUGUGGGUGCUGCUAAGCAAGAACCUCCUUACUCUACUCCAUCUAUAGUAAAUAACCCAGAAAAUAUAAAUGCUACUGAACCCCCAAAACAUGUUGAACAUGAUGACCUUCCUUCAGAACAGUUUGCGAAAGGACAAGACACCGUUGCCAUAGAAGGUUGUACAGAUGAAGAAAACACAGAAAGUGGAGGAGAAGGCCAAUAUCGAGAACGGGAUGAAUUUGUGGUAAAGAUAGAAGACAUAGAGGCGUUUAAGGAGGCUUUAAAAUUGGGAAAAGAACCCCCAGCUAUUUGGAAAGUACAAAAAGCUUUAUUGCAGAAGUUUGUUCCUGAAAUUAGAGAUGGGCAAAGAGAAUUUGCUGCUACAAAUAGUUACCUUGGAUAUUUUGGAGAUGCAAAGAAUAAAUACAAAAGAAUAUAUGUGAAGUUCAUUGAAAAUACAAACAAAAAGGAGUAUGUCAGAGUAUGUUCCAAGAAGCCAAGAAACAAACCUUCACAAACUAUCAGAACUGUUCAGGCUAAGUCAAGUAGUGGCAGUAAAACUUCAGACUCUCCGACACCAAAAGCUGCAACUACAAAAGCUCCUUCUGUGAAACCCAAAGUGAAACAGCUCAAAGUAAAGGCUGAACCACCACCGAAGAAACGGAAGAAAUGGAAAGAAGAGUUCUCGUCGUCCCAGUCUGAUUCCUCUCCUGAAAUUCAUUCUAGUACUGAUGAGGAAUUUGACCCUCCAGCUCCCUUUGUCACCCGUUUUUUGAACACAAGAGCAAUGAAGGAAACCUUUAAGAGCUACAUGGAAUUGCUUGUUAGCAUUGCCUUGGACCCUGACACAAUGCAAGCUUUAGAGAAGAGCAAUGAUGAACUACUUUUGCCUCAUAUGAAAAAAAUAGAUGGCAUGCUGAAUGAUAACCGAAAGAGACUUCUUUUGAAUCUUCAUUUGGAUCAGCCAUUCAAGAAUGCUUUGGAAAGUUUUCCUGAACUGACAAUAAUUACUCGAGACUCUAAAGCAAAAACUGGGGGAACUGUUCUUUCUAAAAUAAAAAUGAAUGGCAAAGCUUAUAAUAAGAAAACUCUACGAACUUCCAAAGCAACCACUAAAUCUGCACAAGAGUUUGCUGUGGAUCCAGAGAAAAUACAGUUGUAUUCUUUGUACCAUUCACUCCAUCAUUAUAAAUAUCAUGUUUAUCUGAUAUGUAAAGAUGAGAUUUCUUCUGUGCAGAAAAAAAAUGAAGAUUUAGGACAGGAAGAAAUUGUUCAACUUUGUAUGAAAAAUGUAAAAUGGGUGGAGGAUCUAUUUGAAAAAUUUGGAGAACUCUUGAAUCAUGUACAGCAGAAGUGUUCUUAAUGUUUCCACGGAAUCCUAUCUCUUUCAUAGCACUAAUGAAAUGUUGGAGGAGGUGAUUAAAGAGAGGUCUUGGAAAUGGCAUGUCAGGCAGUGACCUCCUGCAGGAGUGCCUGCUUUGAUGAUGGGAUUCCCAUUGAGAUGCCUGCUGAAAGACAGUGAAGUUCAGGGGCCAGGGAAGUUCAGCCUUUAGAAGCAGAUUGAUAUUCCAACACAUUUUUAUUCUAAUGAAUGAUUUUUCUAUUUUGUAAACUAUUGGGUUACUGAAUUUUAUUUUCAGAAAUGUUUUCUGGUAAAUGAUGAAGCAUGCACUAAGUGUAAGUUUUCUUUACUGCUAGAGAGAUAACACUUGAUUUCUCCCCCUGCCCAGUCCCAGCCUCACUUCUUCACCCUGGCUAAACACCAGAAUGAUAAAGGAGUGGCAGAAAGUAUACAUUUACAUUUAUAUCUGGCCACAAAAUGGAAAAUAGUGUACAUUGUGUAAACAGAUGUGAUGUGAUGUGACAUUCUGUAUGAGAAUAUCACCAAUUUAAAAUAUAAAAUUCAGAAACU